AUGGCUUUCCUUACAUCAACCUCUCUUCAGAUAACCUGGCAAGAUUCUUCUGCCUCUUUGGAAGAAAAACUAUUUAUAUCACUAUUUGGUACAAAUGCUGUAUAUCAGACCCACAAAACUGGAAAUGGCCCCCUUUUAGUGAACAUCACAGUGAUCAUGUCUAAUGUGCUAAAUGUGGACAUCUUGAAAUACACCAUCACAUCUGUUCUGGUCCUAAAUCAGUCAUGGUAUAAUGAAAGACUGGCUUGGGAUGAGGAGGAAUUCCCCUUCAGCACUGUCACUGUGCCUUGGGAUUCAGUCUGGACUCCAUCCUAUAUGGUUCAAGAAGCGUUUGAUGUAAUAUGGAGAGUGGGAUCCCCUAAUGUGAUACUUCACAGUGAUGGGAAAACAGAAUUUCAACUUCCUCUUCACAUUGACAGCAACUGCAACUUUGACCUCUUCUAUUACCCAUUUGAUAGCAGCAAGUGCUUUUUGAGCUUUAUCUCACUGGACAGCAAAGGUAGGCAGAAGUCUGCAUACAUAAAUAAUAUAAAAAAUUGGUUGUCAUGUACUGUACAGAACUCCAUUCAAACCUCAAGUCAAAUAAUCUAUACCAAUAGCAAUAUUGGUGAGCUGGAAUUCAGCACCUCCAUUAAAAAUGAAAUUCUGAAUUUAAAGCGUGAAUAUCUCAUCACAAGCGUGAACAUUACAAGCCAAAAGAAUAGGGCCCAGCCUUAUUUUGCGGUCAUGAUAAAUCUAAAAAACACAGGACUACGAGUACUGCUUUCCUCAAUAUUGCCAAGCCUUGCAGUUGAGAUAGCGGAUCUCUGUGGCUUCUUUAUCCGUCUCCAAGACAGAUUGUCAUACAUGAUCACUUUGCUUUUGGCAUAUCUAGUCUUCUAUUCUUCUUUUAUUGGUUCCCUGCCAGAAUCAUCCUCCUGUAAUCCUCUGCUCAGUUAUUACUACACUGGCCUUCUCAUAUUACUAUUCCUUAGCACAACUGAAACUAUUUUGGUGCAGAAGCUGGUCACUGAUCAUGCAAAUCUUUCUCUGAAUUUCGGAUUUAAACCAAAAAAGAAGGGAACGUCUACUGCAUCGAAUGACCAAUUAGAACAAGCAAAGGAUCUUAAGACAAAAGCAGAUUGUAGAACAGAUGAAGGGUCACCACAUCUCAAAUCUAUUUCUAGCACUUUGGACAGGCUCUUCUGCUUCAUCUUCUUAGGCCUGGUUCUUCUGUUUCACCUCCUGUUAGCAGGGCUCUGGUAUCUAUGGAAAUGUGCAUCCAAGAAACCUCCUGAAGAAAUUUAUCUAGAUGGAAUCAAGUGGGACCAUGGAGAAUAA